AUAAGAUUUCUUACAGUUGUUUAUUUGGAUCAAUAGAUAAAAUAUUUCCAUUUCUUCGAACAAAAUUGUUAUUUCCUUUGCAAAUUGGAAACGGGAUUUAUAUUCAUCAAGAUGUCCGCAUCUAUUCAGAGUGCCGAAAUACGACGAGGAAUUUUCAUAUUGCUGGCUGCUAUCAACUUAGCAUAUGCACAAGCGUCCACGGAUCCACCAGCAACCACUACAACAACGGUAGCACAAUCUGCUGAUGAGCCUCAAUUUGAACGAAACCCUAUUUUCCAAAUAUCACACGUCAUCCUCCCUCCGGAAAACAUAGUAGCCGGAGGUUUUGAGCUCGAUCCCGGGCUAGCUUAUGUAACUUGGCAGGGUCAGGCCUUAAACUCCACCAGCUACAGAGUGAAGAUUUACCGGCAAAAUAGACAUGCACUCGUAGCACAACAAGUGACGGUUGCAAAUAUCGUGUUCUUUGAGAACUUAACCCCAGGUGUAAGAUACCAUGCGACUGUUACAACACUGGUUAGGUCGCCAAGUGGUGCAGAACUGGUGGGGAGAGAAAGUCGUCGUGUGAACUUUAUCCUUAAAGGCAACCCUACUGAAUGUACAAGCCCGCAAGUAUAUAGCGAAAGAUGCGACGCUCACUGUGUACGAACAUGUGUGUCUCCUAUCCCCGCUUGUGACAGAUCAUGUAGACCAGGUUGCGCUUGCCCAAGAAGCAACCCUAUUUGGCACGAUAACGAUUGUAUUAAGCUAAAGGAAUGUCCACCACAUGAAGUUACUGUGGUCACUCGUAAACCAAGCGGCCUUUUAGUUCAGUUUCACGAGGCGGGGUCGAUGUUAAAGUGGGAUAGAGUGGUCGGUGCAUCUAGAUACAAAGUCACGGUAAGACUAAACAGAGACCGAAGUGUGGUCGCACAGCAACAAGAUGUAGACAUUCCACUGGCAUUUCUACCGAACCUAACCCCGGGUACCGAAUACUUCUUCGCAGUUGCCGCCAUUUUCCCAUACUCGGCCGAAGGCCUGGACUCGAUCGAAGUAGAGAAUAUUGCCUUUGUAAAUAUUACACAGAAUGGAUUCUCAGUAACUUGGGACGAAACCUCUGACGAUUUUUACGAUGUUGGAUUGUUCGGGUUCGGUGGUUCCUCCCUUCUUUACGACAUGCUCAAUUUUGAAAAAGCGUCCGUCCAAUUUGAAGAGCUUCCUUCAGACACAACUUUCUAUGUUUCUGUUGUGAAAUCUGAAAUCCCAAGAACCCGCCCACCACAUUACACAAAUCUUCACGAAGUUCGAACCCUGGUUGGAGGUGCCUCCGCUGACUACUUCUACGGAGCAACCAUAGUUGCCGAAUUCAUCCAAACUACAACAGAACCAAUGGCUACUCCACCAAUGCCCACAACAACACUAGGCAUGGUAGCGGACCAAACAGAACGUAACCCGUCCACAACACCCCAAACAACUACAACAACAAUACAUAACACAGUAUAUCCGGAACCAUAUCCAGAACCAACAGCAGGACCAAGCACAACCUAUCCAAAACCCGAACCAACAGUAUCCAACCAAGACACAUCAGCUUCACUUACAACAUGUCAGCAGCAAUAUCAAAGCGCCCUCCGAUUGAGAGAAGACUUUCCCGAUAUAUACAUACAACUUCCCCAAUGCGACAUACACGGAGCAUUCCUCACGACAGCUUGUCGCAACUUUGAAGUAUGUUGGUGCGUCAACCCUCUUACGGGCGAACAAGUAAUGGGAACUGAGUUUUCAACAGGGGGAGUACUUUCAUUGAACUGUGACAGAGUUGGACAGCUUGCUGGACCACCAACAAUGUUGUCAGCAAGUGAAAUAGGAAGUACCUCUGCCACGCUGAUGUGGGAAUCGAACUCAGAACGUGCGGGUUACAUCGGAGAUAUUUUUCAAGGCACCACCCAUAUUCGUAGUGUACAUUCUACAUCUCAAUCUACUAUGAGGAUACAAAAUCUUCAGCCAGAAACAGAGUACAUGGUUUGGGUGUCCGGAGUCAGUGAAAUCGGCUGGACAACCGUUAAAACCGAAGUCGUAUUUACAACAGCCGGACUGAGUGCACCAGAAGACGUUUUCGUCGUGCAAAACCAAAACAACAGUCUAACUGUCCAGUGGGCGUCUAACUCUGAAGGUAUAUUACAUAACCUACAACUCCUGAACACGACAUCACAGGUGGUAUUGCGACAAGUAACGACCGAUGCCGGGACAAACCAAUACACGUUUUAUGGCCUACAAAAAUUCCAUUCUUACACGGUCAAAAUAAGGGCUGCCGUAGAGAGUUCUAAUGGUACAAUGUUGAGUAGUCCUGUUGAAGUGUCUGCCACAGUACUCUGCACCCUCCGUCCCGUAGAUAUCAUUUUCCUCUUCGAUAUCUCUAGCAACGGCCAAAACGGGAAGUUGGAAAAGGCAAAAGAGUUGGCAGUCAAUGUUAUUCGAGCUCUGUCGCCUCCCAGUCAAAGGGAGCAAACCACAAGAGUAUCUGCAAUCAAAUACACUCGAUGGACUCGAUUCGUUUUUCCAUUUGACAGAUAUAACAACACAGAAGAUGCUGUAACAAAACUUCUAGAGUUGCAAUCGUCCAACAACCCUGUACUUAACACAGGACACAUGUUGAAAGUUGUACACCGAGAACUCUAUGGUCGAACGACUAGGAUCGGAUACCGACCGAGAGAAAAUGCUCUAAGCGUUAUUGUGCAUUUCGCUGGACGAAGAUCCAUGGGACCCGUAACCAGACCAGCUUCAUGGCUAAAACAGUCAGCAAACGGCGUUAUAGCCAUUGGAGUGGAAGGACAUUCAUACCCGCCCGAACUAAACGAGAUAGCUACCAGUGAGGAUUCGAAGCUGACAUCUCCUAGCUACAACGCCUUGCCAAGCCUGCUUACAAGCGUUUUACGUGCAAUCUGCAAAUUCCAAACCAUGUAGACUGUACAUGCUGGCUUAAACACUAUACAGUUAAAAUAUCUGUGGCCGCAACAAUGACCAUCGAAAAGACACCAAAGCCUAAUCAAGACUUUUAAACGAAAACGUAGUAGGGUGGGGCAAGACGAGACACCUUUACAUUCUUUAUUUGUUUUUGCAUACUACCAAAUAGGAAGAAAAAAUAUAAUGAAAGUGUGUCCCAUCUCCCCCCACCCUAAAACACAACUUAUAUUUUGCGCUUUUGCUGCGAAACAUUCUGUAAAAACACUAAUACUUUAUAGUUACAGCUGUACCAAACUUACCGAAACGUUCUAACAUUCUAAUGACCAUUUAUUCUCAGUUUUAUGAUUUUAAGUUAUAUUAAUAAUUUUCCGUAUACUUGUUAUUGCCGGUUGUUUUUUGUUUGAUUUAACAUGUGUUCCAUACUGUGUUUAAAGCUUAUAAUUGCUUUAUUAACAAUAUCUUUUCUGUGCCUUAUAGCUUCACUUUUCCAUGCAG